AUGCCGAGACCUGAGAGACGUGACCAUCAGAGACAUGAAGAAGAGAUGAGGUUCUACUCUGUUAGAUUCGGAUGUUUGCUGGCUGUCGCCUGUUUCUUGUCUCUUUCCUGGAUUAAAUCAAGUCCCAGUCAUGGAGUACAUCUCGACCUGCGGAGCUUCUAUGAACGCCUGCUGGUGGCCGAGCAGCUGGGCGACCAGGUCAGAAAGGAUCUUGGUAGCAUCCUGGAGGAGCUGAGGAACAUUUCUAAAGCUGCUAACAACACCUAUCACAGUACAAGCAAUGCCAACAGCAGCAAGAACCACGACAACGACAAGAACAACAAGAACAACAAGAACAACAGCUCCAAAACCCCCAUAGAAACUGAAAGGCCGACAUUCCCUGGCUUAGAUGGACCGACGAUCCUGCAGCCCAGCAUUUACAUCUACAUGCCUCAUCUCAGACACCACCCGGAAAGUCUCACCCCAAACAUCGUGCUGGGACAGGGACGCAGAGGAGUCUCCGUAGUGAUCGGCGUCCCCACAGUGAAGCGAGAGAAGCAGAGUUACCUUGUGAGCACGCUCAGUUCUCUGCUGUUCAGCCUGACUCCAGAUCAGAGGAAGGACAUCCUCAUCAUCGUCUUCAUAGCAGAGACGGACUCGGACUACAUCAGCAGCGCAGCACAGACCAUCAGCUCAAAUUUUCCUAAAGAGGUUCAGUCGGGGUUGUUGGAGGUCGUCUCCCCGUCGCAGUUCUACUACCCAGACUUCAGCGGUCUCUCAGAAACCUUUGGAGACGCCAAGGACCGGGUUAAAUGGAGAACCAAACAGAACCUGGACUUCAGUUUCCUCAUGUUCUAUGCUCAGGAUAAAGGAACAUACUACGUUCAGUUGGAGGACGACGUUGUGGCGGCAGCAGACUACUUUAGCACCAUGAAGAGCUUUGCUGACCAGGAAGCUUCUAAGGGGUGGCUCUACCUGGAGUUCUCCACGCUGGGAUUCAUAGGAAAACUGUUCCGGACCCGAGACCUCCCCAUGAUCGCCGAGUUCUUCCUGAUGUUCCACAGAGACAAACCCAUCGACUGGCUGCUGGACCACAUCCUGUGGGUCAGAGUCUGUAACCCAGAGAAGGACUCAACUGACUGUCAGAAGAAGAAGGAGGCGCUGAAGCAGAGGUACAAGCCGUCUCUGUUCCAGCACAUCGGCCUUCACUCCUCUCUGUCCGGGAAAAUACAGCGACUGAAGGAUAAGGACUUUGGGGGUCAGAUUCUGUUCCAGGGUCACAGUAACCCUCCUGCAGUGCUGAGCAGCAGCCUGAACCAGUACCAGCAACACAGCCUGGAGAGGGCCUACAGGGGACAGGACUUCUUCUGGGCCACCACACCUGUCAGACAUGACUACAUCCUCUUCAACUUCUCACAGCCAAUCAGAAUCUCAGGAUGGCGCUACUAUACAGUCACCAAGGACAAUCGCAUCCAGGUGUAUUCCAACCAAAAACCCUGGAUGACAGGAGAGGUCAGGACCCUGCUGAGGAACAGGAACAUCGCCUUCCGGUCCUGUGACAUGGAACUGUACAGUGUAGCCAGGGCAGACCUGAAAAGGGGCAUCCGACGGGCCAAACAGGAUUACAAAAACAAAACUGAGGAUCACCUCCACAGCACAACUCGAGGCGGGUGUGGCAGGGGGUCCAGAAUAUCAUGA